AUCACAAGACUAUAAAUCAAGAACCAAGAAAAACCGAUUUCAACACCGAACCUUAAGAUCAUACAAACACAAGAGACAGAGAGAGGGAAGAUAGUGAUCAUGGCAGAAAACAGAGUGACCCUUCAUGGGAUGUGGGCAAGCGCUUACAGCAAAAGGGUGGAGCUUGGGCUGAGAGUGAAGGGGAUCGAGUACGCGUAUGUUGAGGAAGAUUUGAUGAACAACAAGAGCCCGUUGCUGAUCCAGUAUAACCCGGUCCACAAGAAAGUUCCUGUUCUGGUUCACAAUGGGAAGCCCAUUGCUGAAUCUCUAGUCAUUCUUGAAUACAUCGAUGAGACGUGGAAGGACGGUCAUCGGCUACUGCCAGAAGAUCCCUACGAGAGAGCCAAAGUCAGGUUCUGGGCUAACUUUCUGCAGCAGCUGUUCGACACCGUGCUUUUAGCUCUCAAAUCUGAAGGCGACGCACAGGAGAAAGCUGGUGAACAAGUUCAUGAGAAACUGAAGCUGCUGGAAGAAGGACUGAAGGGCUGCUUCCCAGGAGGCUUCCCGAGCAUAACAGGAGAGAGCGAGCACAUGGGACUCCUCGACAUUGUCAUGUGCUCAAUAUUUGGUCCCCAUAAAAUUCAGGAACAAGUCUUCGGUGUGAAAUUCAUUGACACAGAAAAGUAUCCGCUCGUGUCCUCCUGGGUGAAGUCCUUGACUGAGGUGCCCCUGGUGAAAGAGUUACUUCCUCCUCAUGAGAAGCUCGUCGGUUUUCUUCGGUUUAUCAGAGAGAGAGCCCUCAAGGCCUGAGAAGCUUUAUGUCAUUUGUACUCAAGCAUAUAGAAGUGUAUCGCCUGCUUUAGAAUAAGAACGGGAACUCGGUAUUUAUCGCCUGUUCUUCGUCAUUGUAUUUCCUCGAUGUAGUUCCUGUAGUGCUUUGUGUUUUGUGGAAUAAUGGUAUCAAAACAAAGUUGGUGUUUGUGUCCUC